AUGACACGAAUUAGUACAAAAAAAUCGAUAAAACAUAAAUGCGGUCAGUUUUAUUGUCUUCAUUGUAAUGCUAUUAAGGAUCAGGGUCAUGCUUGUUACAUGAAACCGUAUAAAAUUCCCGUCAACGAAGUAUUACCCGUGUUGUAUUUUUACGAUCUUGAAACGCGUGUGAAUGACGAAAAACUUAUGGUACCUUUUUAUGCCGUUGUGCAAAAAGUUUGUAGUCAAUGCGACGAAAAAGAAUUUGUUAGAUCGCAAGAUAAUUUUUUGCCUCAUCCCACAAUCAAGCAUUGUGAUAAUAGUGUUGAGCCCGUACCGUGCUGUAUGCACAGACAAUAUGUUUUUGAAAAUAAUAACGAGGAUGUUACCGAAUUACUUAUUGAUUUUAUGUUUGCUCAAGCCAACAAUAGUGUGUGGAUAGCACACAAUGGGGGGCGUUUUGAUAAUAUAUUUUUACUUCGGGAAUUAUUAGUAAAAAAAGGGGUGGUUCCCCAUACGGUUAUGAAUGGUAAUAAAAUUAUGAGUAUGGAAAUUCGACACGGGGAUAUUUCAAUUAAAGUAAUUGAUAGUUAUUUGUUUUUGGCCAUGCCUUUGAGUAAAAUUCCCGAAGCCAUGGAUAUACCCGAUCUUGCAAAAGGGUAUCAUCCUCAUUUAUUUACAGAUUUAAAUUAUGUGGGCCCCAUGGUAGGGUUGGAAUAUUUUGAUUUAAGUCGUGAAGAGGAUAUGGAAGCAUUUAAUAAAUGGUAUGAAAUUCAAAAAACAAAAACGUACAUAUUUCGCGAUGCUGUUUAUUAUUAUUGUCGUCUAGACGUUGAUAUUUUACGGCAAGGAUGUGUAAGAUUUGCACGUCUCAUUGUAAAUAUUACGAAAAUUUUUCCAUUUUACGAUCGCACAUGUCACACCAUCGCGGGUUUAGCAUUAAAAAUAUAUCGUGCUAAUUUUUUAAAAGAAGAUGUUAUCGGUCAAAUUCCACCUACGGGUUACGGGGGGAAUGUUAAUCAAAGUAUCAUCGCAUUACAUUGGCUCGAGGAGAUUCGCGAAGAUCUUGAAACACAAGGCUAUUCGUUGCGAAGUAAGUUGUCACCGGAAGGAGAGGAGAAUGUUUUAAAUUAUAAUGUGGAUGGUUAUUGUGCUGAAACGAAUACUAUUUAUCAAUUUCAUGGUUGUUUUUUUCAUGGUUGUAGCGAAUGUUUUGAAAGCGGUGAUAUCAACAAAGUGAAUGGACAACGAUUUUAUGUCCUACGUGAAAAAACUCGGCGAAUCACUGAUCUUUUUAAAGAUUAUCAUUUCACGGUUAUAGAAAAAUGGGAAUGCGAAUACAUUCAAGAAUGUAGUUUAUCACGAAAUACUAUUCUUGAAUUGGGUCAUGUGAAAUAUUUCACCUACAUCAAUUUAAAUCCUCGUGACGCAUUAUUUGGAGGUCGUACGUCACCGGCAAUGUUAUUUUAUGACGUCGGCGAUUCAGAAGAGAAAGUUCGUUAUUACGACUUUACUUCCCUUUAUCCAUUUGUUCAAAAAAAAUAUCGUUAUCCAACAAAACAUCCGGAGAUUACGCGUGGUGUUGACAAAUGUGCACAAUUAAAUGUUUCGCAAAUUUUCGGGCUAAUUAAAUGUAAAAUAUUAGCACCGUUUACUAUGCUAUUUCCCGUGUUACCCAUACGGUUAGAGAAAUUAACGUUUGCUCUCUGUACGACUUGCGCGCGCAAUCAAUGUGAUACGUGUACACAUGAUGACGAGCAACGAGCAUUGUAUGGUACGUGGACGAGUGUAGAAGUUCACGCAGCGCUUGAACACGGUUAUAAAAUACUUGCUAUUUAUGAAGUUUAUCAUUACACGCAUAGUGCUAAGAUUUUUGAUUUGUACGUUGAUACGUUCAUGAAAUUAAAACAGGAAAGUAGCGGUAUGCCACGUCAGUGUAUAAAAGAUGAUGGCAGUAUUGAUGACGUAAAAUUACAAGCAUACAUACAGGAAUAUGCAGAUCAUGAACAAAUUUACUUAGAUGCUUCAAAGAUAGGUCAUAAUCCCGGACAACGUACGGUAAUGAAAGCUCUUUUAAAUUCGCUGUGGGGAAAAUUAGCACAAAACGAAGAUACUACUGUAGUGUCGUUUCUUGAUGAUUUUGACGAUUUGUUACAAUUGGUAAAUGAUAAAACUAUUGAGGUAACCUCGUUGGAUUUUAUAAGCGAUGAUAUUGCACGCACAACUCAUCGAAAAAUAUCGGGGGCUUUAACAACUUUGGGUAAUCGUAAUGUAGUGAUCGCUUCAUUUGUAACUGCGUAUGCACGUCUAGAAUUAUUUUCAGUACUUAAUAAACUACAAGAGAAUGUUUUAUAUUAUGAUACGGAUUCGGUUAUUUACAGGGAAGAUCGAGCACGGGGGAAAUACUUGGAAACGGGUAAAUAUUUGGGGCAAUUAACUGACGAAUUAAGUGAGAAAAAUUGCACGGAAAAAUGGAUUAGGGAAUUUUGCGCAGCAGGUCCUAAAUCUUAUUCGUAUCGUACAAAUCGAUAUAUUAAAACGUUAAAAGAUGGUACACGCGAGGAACGUGUUGACGAGGUGACACAUGUUAAGGGUUUUCGUUUACAGGGUGAUGCGAAAAAAAAAUUUACUUUCGACACGAUCUCGAGUUGUGUUCGUGAUCACAGUCAGGAAAUUACGGUCGUCUAUCGUGAAUUUGCUCGAUGUAAUAGUCAAACAAUUGCGGUGGAAAAUAAAGAAAAAACUUUUCAUUUUACAUUCGAUAAACGUGUUGUUUGUGAUGAUUUUACAACUCUUCCUUUUGGUUACGGAUUAUGA